CUUCCUUGACCUCAGCUCAGCUCGGUAACUCGCAGUCUCGCAUCCCUUUUCUUCAGUUCUUCCUCACACCGAAAGCAGCUCCGCACGGCGAAGCUACAGCCUACAGCUAAGCUCCGUCCCGGCCUUGCCAAAUAUACCAUGGCGGCGACCGUGGCCUGCUCCUUCUUCUUCGACGCCGAGCCGGUCGGCGAGUCCGGUAUGCCCGCGCAGGACGCGUGCGCGCUCUGCGCCAAGUCGCUGGCCCGGAACAACGACAUCUUCAUGUACAGAGGGGACACCCCCUUCUGCAGCGAGGAGUGCCGCCACCAGCAGAUGCGGCUCGACGCCGUCUGCGAGAGGCACGCGGCGCGGACGCUGCAGCGCUACUCGUCGGCAACAGAGUCCCAUCGCGAUCAGCGAGAGUCCAGGAAGGUGUCGAUCGCGAGCUAGUGCUAUCUGAAGCAACACGAUCUGUAUUCUGAAGAAACCGCCGAUUUCGGGAGGCAUCUGUUGUCUCUGCUGCUCUUGCCUGAGCGUAAGCCGGCGUUGCGCCUCGGCGCCACCUACGGUUACAGGUACAGGGGCAAGGCACGAAGCGUAGUUCCCCAUGUAGCUUUCCCGAGAUUUGUCCAUGGCGAGCUAAUUAAGCUGCGCCGAUGGGUACUCUGGGCGUGUUGUGCCCAUGGAUUGCUUUGUUUUGGUUGGAAACGAAAUAGUAGAACAAUGCCGUAGAUCUGGAGAGUCAAUCAAACCUGAUUUUGUUCGUGCGCCGUCUCUUAUUUUGUUUCCCUGGUGAUAGCAUUUUUAUUUAGUUUUGUGGUACUAGAGGCUAAAUACACAAACUGUACAAGACCAUUGUCAUUGUCAAAGAAAAUCCCGUCUCUCACGAUUAA